GUCACUUAUCUUUCAAAAAAACUAGACCCAGUGGCAGCAGGAUGGCCACCCUGCCUACGGAUAAUAGCGGCCACAGCUACAUUGGUAAUAGAUGCAGAUAAGCUGACUUUGGGGCAGUCUCUAAAGAUUACCACUCCACAUGCUAUUGAAAGGGUAUUGAAACAACCCCCAGGAAAAUGGAUGAGCGAUGCCAGACUAACCCACUUUCAAGGUCUCCUCCUAGACUCCCCAAGAAUUCAAUUCGUAGCCCCAUCUGCUUUAAACCUGGCUACCCUCCUGGAAGCAGAUUUACAAGAGCAGCAUGACUGCAUGGAGUUGUUAGCUGCAACACAGGUGAUCCGAGUGGACCUGAAGGACCAGAAGCUGCCUGAUAGUGACUUUGGUACACCGAUGGGAGCAGUUACAUAGAGAAAGGAAUUUGGUAUGCCGGGGUGGCCAUGGUGAACGGGAAGGGACAGGUAAUUUGGAGUCAGGCCCUGCCACCUGGGACCUCAGCCCAGAAAGCUGAGUUGAUUGCGCUGACUGAGGCCCUUAGGAAGGCAGAGGGAAAAAAGCUCACUGUGUACACCGACAGCAGGUACGUGUUUGCUACUGCCCAUGUUCACGGGGCUAUUUACUUGGAAAGAGGCCUGUUCACAGCAGAAGGGAGAGAAAUCAAAAAUGAAAAAGAGAUACUAGAUCUCCUAGAAGCAGUGAUGCUGCCCUCCAAAUUGACUAUCAUCCAUUGUCCAGGACAUCAGAAGGGAGAGGACCCCAUGGCUAAAGGAAAUCAGGCGGCCAACCAAGUGGCCAGAGAAGCAGCUAAAGAAAAGAGUGUACUAGUCCUCCAAGGUCCAGGGACGAGGGAGCUACCACCCCAACCAGAAUAUGAUGAAGAAGAUCUGCAGUGGAUUCAGGCUCAGGGAAAAACUGAAGAAAUUAACUCUUGGACCUACAGCAAAGAGCCAUGGAGCAUACUGCUUCCAAAAACAUUGGGCCAGCACCUUCUACAAAAGCAUCACAGCAGCACCCACUUGGGAGUAAAAAAGAUGACCCAGCUUUUGCAGAAUGCAGACCUUAGGUUCAGAGAUAGCUGUAAGGAAGCUGAAGAGAUAGUCCGGACCUGCAGGGCCUGCCAAACAAUGCAGCAAAGCAGCGCUCAGAAGAUAAUAGGGACCAGAAUCAGAGGUGAUAGACUGGGGAUGAUGUGGGAAGUAGACUUCACUGAGGUUCAUGGACUAACUCCCUGGGUUCACUACAGCCACUCUAAAAAGGCCAGUCCGGAGCAUAUUCCUGGCUGGAUGGUGGAGCAGGACCCUGAGAAACCAUUACGUGUCCACCUAAAGAAGAAAACAUGAGGCUGAAAACUGUAUGCUCCUGGGGACCCUCCUCUGGAUUGUUCUGCCAACCGGGAAUGAGGUACUUUGUGACCCUGACCAGCAGCAUCCCACAAUGGAAGAGGUACAGUGGUGGGGUAUCCCUUUGCCCCCCACACAGCGUCCCAGAUUCAGCCUCAAGGAGAUGCUGGCCUUGGAGCGACCCCAGUACAUCCCGGCCCCACCUCUAGCGGGGGGUGGGGUGGGUGGAAUUUGACUUUAAGAGAUUAGCAGACAGGGAAUUCUUCAAGGCUCUUGAAGAAUAUGUCGAGUCUGCACAUGGGACCCAG